AUGGAGGAAACAUUUCUGUGUGUUUGGGACGCCCGGGGGCUCCUCUGCCAGAAACACGUGUCCCGGGGUGCGUUCCCCACGGGGACGCGGUGCCCCAGCCACGGAGCAGUGUUCUGGCAUGUCAGGGAGCGGCAGGAGCUGCACCACUUCCUGCGAGUUGGAAGAGAAGUGGCAGAAGAAAGUGUAUUUCGAGACCUCCUGGAAAUCCUGACCAGUGCCUCCUGUGCCAUUGAGCAGAGCUGCAGGGACUCCUGUGGGCUGGCAGAGGUGGACACCUGCCUGCUGCUCGUGGCUGAGUGCUUCAGGUGCCUGAGGAAUGCCUGUGUGCAGUGUGCCAGGAACCAGCACCUCCUGAGGAACUUGGGUCUCAUCUCCACAUCUGUCCAUUUGAUCAAAUUACUUCAUGGAAUGCAAGUCAAAGAAGAAUUGUUAUUGCCUGCUCUUCGUUGUAGUCUCCAGUUUCUUGGAAACAUUGCAGCAGGAAAUGGAGAUUCCCAGAAUAGCCUUUGGAAGUGUGCUUUCCCAGAUCUCUUCUUGACGUGCCUGCCGUACAGCGACAGGAGGGUGGUUGCCUAUUGCUGCAUGGUCCUGUUCACCUGCCUGGACCCGGGGAAGGUGGGAGAGCUGCUGCACCCCAGGAACUUGGCCGUGGCUCUGCAUGUGCUGAGAGUCUACAGGGAGCAGCUGGAGUCCGAGUGGUCGUUGCUGAUUGUUACAGACCAUUUGCUGCAGUGUCCCGAGCUGGUAAAAGCCCUCUACGCCAAACUGAGCAAUCAAGAAAGAGUUACUUUGUUGGAGCUGAUGCUGGUGAAGGUGAGUGAGAAGAGCUCUGUUGGCAGUGAGGAGCUGGAGGUGCUGGAGAGCCACGCCACCUUCCUGGCAGGCUGUUUCCAGGAGCAGUGUGGAGCCGUGCUCAGGUUCGCUGCUGCUCCACAGGCACAGGAUCAGGAAGCGCUGGUGACAGUCCGGCUCCUCGAUGUCCUUUGUGAGCUGACCUCCAGCAGUGGGCAGCUGGACCGGCUGCAGGCUCUGCCUGGGCUGCUGGAAGCAGCUGUGGAUACCCUGAGAUUAACUCACCUUGCUGGGAAACAAGCUGUGAAUGUUUUCACUGCCACACAUGCUGUGACAGGGCAGGAAGAAGUUUCACAUCCAGCCGUGGGUUUUAAAUCUCAUCUCAUUCGAUUGAUUGGAAAUUUGUGUUACAAAAAUAAGGAAAACCAAGACAAGGUGUAUGAGUUGGAUGGCAUCCCCUUGAUUCUGGACAACUGCAGCAUUGAUGACAACAAUCCCUUUGUGAACCAGUGGGCAGUGUUUGCCAUCCGGAAUGUGACGGAGCAGAACGAGCGGAACCAGGAGCUGAUCGCGGGGCUGGAGGAGCAGGGGCUGGCAGAGGGCUCUGCCCUGGGCAGCAUGGGCUUGGAGAUGGACAAACGGGAGGGCAGGCUGAUCCUCAGGUCUGCCAGGAAAAAGCCCUCCUGAGCUGAGGAGUAUUUCUCUUACAAAAUAGUCUUCCCUGCUCAGCCAGUCAAGAUCUCCUCCUUUUCAGUCCCGGUCUGCUGGAAGUGUUACACUCAGGGUCAGAAAAGCUGCCAGAUGAUGCUUCUGCCUCAUAAACAGAAGCACACCUUGUGUUUCCUGAACACUUGGGUAAAUCAGCCUGUGGAACAAAGUCCUCCUUGUCAGUGGGUUGGGAUUCUUGUUUCCUUGGUAGAAGGGUGUCAUAGAUGCAGUAUUGAGUUGUUACAAUUUCCUUUGCUGAACCUGGGGAUAACUGUUGUUAAAAAACUCUCCAAAGAAAGAGCUGCUUUGAAGGCUCCCCUCCAGUAAAAGAUCUGUGCUGAGUCAGGGCUAAACAAUCAAAGUUUUCAGUCAUGGGACUCAAAUAUCUCUAUUUAUCUAAGGAUCGACGGGAUGUUGGAUGUACAUAAAUAUUUAGUGAAUUAAACACAACAUGCCUUCUGUGUAUUUAAA